UCUCCCUUCAAGAUUUCUCUGAAUCUCCGCUGUGUCCCGUUCGAUAUCCCCCUUCCCAGAUUCGCCAUUCUCGCCUCCCGGACGAUGCUCCGAUCUCUUGCCAGGGAGUUCCAGCUCGUGGCCCCCGCCGCGUUCCGGAGGCGCCUGGCGUCCUACUCCACCGGAGAUGGCGGAGUUGCCGGUGGCGCGGCCGACGGCAAGAGGCUUGUGGGCAAAGUGGCCCUUAUAACUGGAGGAGCCAGUGGGCUUGGUAAGGCCACGGCCCAUGAAUUCAUCCAAAAUGGAGCCCAGGUCAUCAUUGUGGACAUUGACUCAGAGAUCGGCCCUCAAACGGCCCAAGGCUUAGGCCCCUCGGCCCACUACGUGCGCUGCGACGUGACGGACGAGUCCCAGGUGGCUGAUGCAGUGGAUGCUGCGGUGGCCCGCCAUGGGAAGUUGGACAUCAUGUACAACAAUGCCGGCGUGACGGGCCCAGCAUAUCCCCCGAGCAUCGCCGACCUCGAACUAGACAAGUUCGACGAGGUCAUGCGGAUCAACCUCCGUGGUGCGGUCGCCGGGAUUAAGCACGCGGCACGGGUCAUGAUACCGGCGGGCUCGGGGUCAAUCCUGUGCACGUCCAGCAUCAGCGGGAUCUUGGCUGGGCUAGGGCCCCAUCCCUACACGGUAUCCAAAUUCGCGAUCCCGGGGCUCGUGAAGUCAGCCGCCGCCGAGCUGUGCCGCCACGGGAUCAGGAUCAACUGUAUCUCCCCCGCCCCAAUCCCGACCCCGAUGUCGGUGGGCCAAAUAGCACAGUUUUACCCUGGCCUGACGCAAGAGCAGGUGGCCAGGAUCAUAAACGGGCUCGGGGAGCUUAAAGGGGCCCAUUGCGAGGACGCCGACGUGGCCAAGGCCGCCUUGUACCUGGCGUCGGACGAGGCCAAGUACGUGACGGGCCACAACCUGGUGGUGGAUGGAGGGUUCACUUGCUACAAAAAUUUGAGCUUCCCUUCACCGGAUCAAGUUGUGUGAUGUUGGCAUUGCAUUAACAGGUUCGUAGUCCCUUUGUUUUUCCUGUUCGUCCCCCCUCUCCUUCAUGCGUCUUUUCAUUAUUAUUAUUGUUUAGUGUAAUUAGUGAAAGAUGAAUGAGUGAUUUCAGUGGUUGACCUA